AUGCUUUUAACUAUGUUAUUCAAUGAUGAUUUAAUUAUGAGUCCAACACACGAGCUUAUCUUUAUCUUUAGCUACUUUGCUUACUUUAGAAAUGUUAUCGCGCAUAUUUUGGUCAUUGAAAGAUUAAAUGCAACCCUUUCAUUUAGAAAAUAUGAGAGAUCACGUGGUCCUUGUUUUACUUUUGGAUGGCUAUUUUUUGUGAAUCUGCUCACUUUUGGCACUGUAUAUGGUACAUCAACAACCUCCUCUACAACUUUUAUUAAUCUCUGCUUUUGGGCAAUUAUGUUUGUUUUGGCAAUUUUAGAGCUGAUUGCAAUUAAAUCUAUGAAAAAAUAUAAUGACCAGAUAUAUACAUCUCGUUCUUUUAUUAAUGCCACAUUAUCAGAACGUUAUCAGGUUAUCGGCUCUAGUCAACUUUUAAAUUUCUUCUUCUUAGCUGGCAGAAAAUAUCAGAACAACCAAACAACUAAUACCCAUUUUGGCCAUUCACUUUUUCAAUAUUGCUUUGGGAACUUUUGUUAA